AUGAGUUUCCAGAGUCAAAACACAGAAAGUUAUGCACCUGGUGGCUCUGAAGAGAGGACUGGCCUAAUGAGUACCUUUGUUGAGGGAUCUGUGAGUGGGGUCGAGGGUGGGCGGACUAGAUACGGAUCUGUACAAAGCACUGAAGAAGCAGUUAAUUCUAUCCCUGAGGCUAGAAUUGUGGAUCCCAGAAGUGAAACUGCCACCUCUAACAGAAGCAAUAGGAAUAACUCCAGACAGCAGGUGCCCGACCAACCAGGCAGUGAAAGAAUGAGCAGAGAACCACCAGGAGGCACCCAGGAGGAAGACGAAGAUGAGGAAACUUUGAUGUAUGGGGCCAAGCAUGUCAUCAUGCUCUUCAUCCCGGUCACACUGUGCAUGGUGGUGGUGGUUGCUACCAUCAGCUCCAUCACAUACUACACCGCUGGUGGAGUUUAUCUCAUUUACACUCCCUUCCAUGAUGUCACCGAUGACACAGGAACCAAGCUAUGGCAGUCCAUGGCCAAUGCUGUCAUUUUGUUGUGUGUGAUUGUGGUUAUGACAGUUGUGUUGCUGCUUCUGUACAAGUACAAGUGUUACAGGGUAAUCAAUGGGUGGCUUGUGCUCUCAUCGAUCAUGCUGUUGUUUUUCUUUUCAUUCAUGUAUUUAGAGCAAAUCCUUCGUGCCUACAAUGCUCCUAUGGAUUACAUAACUGCGGCAAUAAUCAUGUGGAACUUUGGUGUGGGUGGGCUGUUCUGUAUACACUGGAAGGGACCACUUCUUCUCCAGCAAGCAUAUCUGAUUAUGGUCAGUGCCCUGGUUGCUCUCAUGUUCAUCAAGUAUAUGCCCGAUUGGACCACCUGGGCUGUGCUAGGGGUCAUGGUCAUCUGGGAUUUAGUUGCUGUUUUGUGUCCAAAAGGCCCACUAAGAGUGCUUGUUGAAACAGCUCAGAGUAGAAAUGAACCCAUUUUCCGUGCACUUAUAUAUUCAUCUACAAUGAUGUGGCCAGUAACAAUGACAAUGGCCGACGAUGGAGAUGCACCAAAAAAGAAACAGAAGAAGAAGAAAAACUUAAAAACUGGAGCUCAGAAUUCGUCCCUUACUACACCUUUAGAAAAAGACAUGGAUGAUGAUGAUGGUGGAUUCACAGAGCAUGUUGCUAAUGGUACAAACAGGCAACACAGUCUUACGGCAAGCCAAGACUCACAGACAGCUCGUAAUGCUGUGCAAGCAUUUGGGGAUAUGAUGCAAGAUACCCCUCGUACAGAUAGAAAUCUGGCUUUUCAUACAAAAGAGGCUAGCACCGCAAACAGUGUAAGUGCACUGGCUGGAGGAGGGGAUGCUGAACCGACUACCAGAUUGGAUAUUGACCAAAGAGACGGAGCCGUUGUACCAAACUCUAGAUCACAGAGCAGUGCCAGACCAUCUCAGGCUCCACCGCAGCGCAGGGCUCUGGAUUCUGACAGCGUUAACCAAGAUGAAAGUGAUGAAGAGCGUGGCGUUAAGCUCGGCUUGGGAGACUUUAUUUUUUAUGGAGUGCUUGUAGGCAAAGCUUCCUCAAAUGGUGACUGGAACACAACUCUGGCCUGCUUCGUUGCUAUACUUAUAGGACUGUGCUGCACAUUGCUUUUAUUGGCAAUUUUCCGCAAGGCUUUGCCAGCCCUACCCAUUUCCCUGACGUUUGGACUUGUGUUCAACUUUGCCACCAGCUCACUUGUCCAGCCUUUCAUGGAUAGUCUGGCCAGUGAGCAAGUGUAUAUUUAG